AUGGCAUUAUCCGCAUCUGGCAGAGAGAAGUUCUUUCUCUCCAUCGGCAUCUUCCGACUGCCGGCUGACUAUGGUAAAACUUGACAAAACAUUUUUCCUCUGUCUUUUAUGACAUUAAACUCUGUGGGAAGACUUGAAUAAUGUACAUUUGGAUAUUUAUCAGUUUAAAACAUCGAAUUUUCUCAUAAUUUUUGCAGAAAAUAUGUCGUCCUUGAUCAAAUGUUUAAUGUAAUAGGCCUAUUAUUUGACAGUAAUGGAUUCAUGUUUGUUUUUCGCCUUAUACGGUCUUUAAAUAUUGAUAAAUGUCAUGUGCACCGACGGUAAUAGGAGUAACAUGAGUAAAAAUAUGAAUAUUAGUGUAGUGUUUGAGCAAAAAUUGUAUUUUACUUGGUUGACAUUUUUUAACAUUGAAAGUAAUGGGCCAAGAUGGCGCCGGUUCCAUUAUCGUUCCAUCAUUCAAAAAAAAUGCUAAACGUUGUAUAUUUCUCACGCGCCAUGGAAACGACGUCAAAUAUUACACCUAUCGGAGAUAUACGUCUCACGUCAGAGCCCGGGCCGGCCGUGAGCGUGUGAAUGACAGAGUUAUCAUGGCUUGUCAUCUACAUAUGAACAAUUCCUUCAUUACAAAUCAUUAACCAGCAAAUAAUUCAACUCUGUAAUGAGGGCAGUUACCUAAUGAAAAUUGAACUGCGCUAAUGAACAAGAAAUAGGACAACAGACUCAUUGGUAGUAUCUUGUGUGAACGAAAGAGAAUUAAACCUGAGUGGAAAUCUUUCUGAAAUAGCGUUUUCAUUCAUGUUAAUUGGGAACAAGCAUGCCUUUUACCAUAGAAAUUUUGUAUCACAAAUAAUAUCAAGGAAAUAGCAUUAUAUUAAGGUUACAAAACACUUAUCCAAUAGAUUUAUAAAUCUCCAAAAUAUAAGAAAUUGAUUACAAAGAAAUGCACUUAUCCAAUAAUGAAGAAUCCGGUAACACUUUAUAAUAACUAUACACUAUUAAGCAUUAGUUAAGCAUUGGUUAAGGAUAAUUUAAGCAUUAGUUAAUCCUUAAGUUUUCAUGAAUUAACCAUUAGUUCAGCAUUAGUAAUGCAUUACAAAGCAUUAGUAAAGACAGUUUUAAAUGUUCAACUAAAACAUUAUUAAGCAUUAGUUAAACAUUAGUAAAGUGCUUAAUUCAUCGUUAACUCAUCAUUUGUAAAUAAUUAGGUAUACAUUACUAAGCAUUAGCAAACACAGUUAUAAACGUUUUAAACUCAAACCCAUUUAUAAUUACUAAAGCAGCAGUUGAACAUUAGUUAAUGCUUAAUUAAUCAUGAAUUCAUGAUCUGUAUAGCAUUUUUUCCUUCCAAUUUUCCUCCUUUUUCUUUACUCUUCUCCUCCUUUAUUAGGCUGCUAAGAAUAGUACUAAGAAUGAAUAAUAAACAUAAAUAUAUUACAAAAAAACAACAACAACAAAAAAUUAAUUAAUUAAUUAAAUAAAAAAGAACAAACAUAACAAAAAAACACCAACAUAACAAAAGGUAACAAAGUUUAGUUUAGCUGUGAGUUUUGUAUGGUUUGUGUUGUAGGGUUUGUUUGAUACUGUAAUGCAAUGUAUUUAUCGAUGACCCUUGUUUUGUAUAAUUUAUAUAUAAUACAUUCAUAGAGUUUGCUGUUUUUAGUUCCUUAUCCAGAGUGUUUCACAGACUUACCCCUUUGACUGAAGUGCAUUUUCCUUUAGUAUUAGUUCUUGCUUUUAUUUGAUUGAAUAUUGCAGUGCCCCUCAGAUUAUAUCUGGUCUCUCUUUGCUUGAACAGAUCCUGCAUGCAGUUUGGGAGAAUAUUGUAGUAUGCUUUAUACAUUAUAAAGCAAUUAUAGUUAGUAAUUUACUAAUAGCUUGUUUAUGAUCUAUUAACAAUUUGUGAGGUAUACUUAUAAAUCAUUUACAUACAGUUAACAAGUCAUUUAUAACUCAUAAACUAACAGUUAAUUAAUGAUAUAUUAACUACCUCUAAGGCAUCAUUAUAAAUCCUUAGCAAACUGUUAACAAACACUUAACAAGUCAUUAAUAACCUAUUAAUUAACAGUUUACAGAUGAUCUAUUAACUAUUUUUAACAGAUAGUUAUUAUAAAGUGUUACCAAUUAAAUAUAAUAUUGUUACAAGCUGUUAAAAUGUUAUUAUGGUCACUCUGUAAUGAUUGUAUAUAACAUGUUUAUUGUGGGGGGCAACCGCCAUUCCGACAUCCCGCCAUUCCGACAUUGGUCUCUAAAUGUUUUUCUCUUCUUCUCUUUCUGUCCAGCCUUUCUGCCUCUGCCAAGGCGAGACCUUCAACUGUAUGUCACCAACCUGAGGAAUCGUCCCUUGGAGAGCGUUAGAGUGGUGUCCUUGGGUCAAACAGUGAUGAGCCUGUAUCACAACCUCAUCACAGGCUCCAGGGACUUCCCUGUGAUACCCUACAGAGCACCCACUCGCGUCUGGCAGGUAUCUGCACCGUUUGAGAGGGAGGAGGACAAGGAGAACUCCAGACACCCCUCACUGGCAGCUCCACCAGGAAGGAUGGUGCCACUUGCAGGUUAUACUCACCGCACCAUCCUGAUGAACCAACGCCUUCCUGAGAGGGUGGAGCUGAGGACUCUGGAAGACCCCUGGACCGGAGUUCAUUCCCUGAUGGUAGACGGGAGGAUGACAAAAAGAGUGAUCUCCACCGUCUUUGACUCUCAUCAAUCUGUCGUCACCAACCGCUGGAGGGUCACUGACUACUCAGAAAACGGACAGUGCCUCAUGUCCGUGCUCUGUCGCUUCACAGCCAAGUCCACCCGCUGUGUUGAGAGGCCAAAGAAGAGGAAGAGGGGCCAUGAAGAGGAGGGCCAGGACGGGGAGGGCAGCAGCCAGCCUCAUCCAAAGAGACCAAUCAGAGUGUGA